AUGGAAUAAAAUAAAUUUCAAAUAAAUUAAAUUAAUGUUUACUUAUUAAUUUUUAUCCCUUCUACAAUCACGAGUAAAUAAUUUGAACCUAUCGUUAGAUGUUUAAAUGUUUAUCAAGAAUUGAGUGAUGCCAUCCUUAGUCAAAAUUCAAAUAUUAUGAAGUGUUCUAUACUUGAUUAGAUUGACUUUUAUUACCUUAGUCAAUCAUACCCAAGUGUCAAUUAUUACAUGAAAAUAAAGGAGUCACAUUAUGAUGUGGAUAUUUUUGUUGAUUUUUAUUUAAUAGGUGAAUACAUUAAUAAACCGAUAAACAUUUUGCUUGACAACAGCCUUAUCGAUUAAUAUUCUGUUUUUAAUGAUAACUCAGUCCCAUUUUGCAAUAGUACAUUAUUCUUAUAAUUAAUAGUUCAUUAACUUAUAUUAUUACUUAUAUUCAGACUUAUCCUUAUUAUUAACAAGACCUAAACUUGGCCUUCUCUCUUGAGAGUACCUAUGCCUUCUCAUUAGGAAUCAGAAACAUUCAAAUAAUCCCAAGACAAUGUCAUGAGUCAUGUGUAGGACCUGAAAAGAACUAGUGUCAAACCUGUUUUGUCUGUGCUUAACUUAAUACAAAAACAAAUGAAUGUAAAUGUCUUUCUAUUACACCUUAAUUAAGUCUACAAGUCAAUCAAUUCAUAAGGAAAUGUGAAGUGAAUGAAUAUUUUGAUGGGGCACUUGGAAUCUGUGCAUAGGAUUAUAGUAAUUAAAUGACGUAAUUUUAGAGAUGGAACAAUUUCAUUAUAUUUUUGGAGUGCUUAUGAUUUCACAGGAUGGUCAAUGA